AUGAGUUACAGGGAUACGCUUUUAUACCCCCGGUAUUCCCGACGACAAGUCACUUAUUGCGAUAGUUUCGGUUCGUCGCCGUCUUCCGUGCUGAGUUCACUGUCGUCGUUCCGCUCCCGUCCAUUCGCGGAUAUAUCAUACAAUCCCACUCCGGACGUAAAUGAAGUUUAUCCGGGCCUGUAUGUUGGUGACGCUGUUGCUGCCAAGGACAAAGCGUUCUUGAGGCGUAUGGGCAUUAACUAUGUCCUUAACACCGCUGAGGGCAAACGUUACACCCAGGUGGACACCGACCACCUCUAUUACCGCGACUGCCCCGGACUUCGGUACAAAGGUUUUCAGCUAAUGGAUCUGCCAUCAACUGAUAUUUCAAGAUAUUUCCAUAUAGCUGCUAACUUCAUUGAUGAAGGGAUUUCUAGCGGAGGGCGCGUCUUAGUCCACUGCUUUAUGGGGGUGUCUCGAUCUGCCACAUGCGCGUUAGCCUUCCUCAUGAUCAAACGCGGAAUGUCUUUGGCUGAAGCUUUGGGAACUGUGCGUUGUCGCCGUGACAUCCACCCUAACGAGGGCUUCAUCCGCCAACUUCAACAACUGGACAGGGAACUGCGCCUCAACCGGAUCCGCUGA